AUGGCUCCUCUCACUUCUCUCCUUGUCUUCGCCGGUCUGGCAACCGCGGCCCUCAAACCAAAUUGUCCACACUUCACAGACUACGCCGCGACUCCCCACGAACCAUUCUCUGAGGGUGUCCACAAGCUUGCCUACCAACGCCCGCCUCCAGAAUGUCGCACGACGACCUUCCCCGAGGUCGAGAAGACGAUCACGGAGAUGAAGACUCUCGUCAAAGACCCAGACCUCUACCGUCUCUUCGAGAACACCUUCCCAAACACCCUCGACACGACCGUCGCCUGGCAAGGCGCCUCAUCCGACAACGCUGACGAGGAGCUGUCCUUCGUCAUCACCGGCGACAUCAACGCCAUGUGGCUCCGCGACUCCUCCAACCAGCUCCAGAGCUACCGCUCCCUCCUCACCCGCAACUCUUCCACCAACUCCCUGGCUUCCCUCUACCGCGGCCUCAUCAACCUCCAAGCCCGCUACGUCCGCAACGCCCCCCACUGCAACGCCUUCCAGCCCCCAGAAGAGUCAAAGAUCGCCCCGACCCCGAACGAAGCCGGCGGCGACGACCACAUCUCCCCGGCCUACCCGUCCUACUCCUUCUUCGAGUGCAAAUACGAACUCGACAGCCUGGCCGCCUUCCUCCAGAUCUCCCACGACUACCACGCCGCCACCGCGGACAAGGACUUCUUCGCAAAGUUCAACUGGCCCAAGGCCAUCGCCGUCCUCCUUAACACCACCGACGCCCUGCUGACCGGCACCUACGCCGCCGACGGCACCCUCAACCCCUCCCCGGCCCUCUUCGAGCGCCGCACCACCUCCGCCUCCGAGACCCUCUCCAACAAGGGCAACGGCGCCCCCACCAACGCCGGCACCGGCCUCGUCCGCAGCUUCUUCCGCCCCAGCGACGACAGCUGCAUCUACCAGCUCUUCGUCCCCGCCAACAUGAUGUUCUCCCGCUACCUCAACUCCUGCGCCGAGAUCAUGGACCCCAUCGACGCCGGUAUGGCCGAGCGCAUGCGGGACGCCUCCGCCCGCAUCAGGGACGGCAUCGAGGCCCACGCCAGGACGAACCACCCGAAGUUCGGCGAGAUCUACUCGUACGAGAUCGACGGCUUCGGCUCCCACAACGUCAUGGACGACGCCAACAUCCCCUCCCUGCUCUCCGCCCCGCACUACGGCUACCUCUCCGCCCGCGACCCCGUGUACCAGAACACCCGCAAGUUCAUCCUCUCGACCUCGAACCCGUACCAGAUGCGCGGCCCCGUGCUCAACGCCACGGGCGGUCCGCACAUCGGGCCCGGCAUGGCGUGGCCCAUGGCGUUGAUCGCGCAGCUCCUGACCUCCGACGACGACGACGAAAUCUCCAAUGGUUUGAGGCAGCUCGUCAGUUCGACGAACCGGCUGGGCUUGAUCCACGAGUCUGUGAACAGCCAUGACGCUUCGGUGUGGUCUAGGUCGUGGUUUGCGUGGGCGAACGGGCUCUUUGGACAGAUGAUGCUUGAUCUUCGGGAGAGAAAGCCACAUCUUCUCGAGAAGAGCUACCAGUAA